AGCAUUUAAUUUCUAUUCUUGCUACAAGCAUCCUGAAGUUCCUAGUUCACAGGCAUCUCUUUUGGGACCGUAUCAUCAGUAUGCCUGAUAUCCAAGUCUGCUUCAGGGAGAUCUGCAUCAGCAAGAGAAGUAUUUGCUUACUGCUCAGCUCACCCCAUGCAUUGUUUACAGUGUCAUAGCAACGCCCCUUUGCUGGGAGACAUGCAGCAGAGGCAGGCUGCCCUGGUGCAGACCAGCACUCACCAGCCAGGUCCAAGAACUCUGCAGCUUCUAUUUCUGGUCUGCAGUAAAGGAUUUCACCUUUGCAAAUGAGAUUGUAAUCUUGUAGAUGUGGGUGCUGGCCCUUACGUGUGUAGAUCCAGGAUGCAGUCGAAGAGGCUAACCACUGAGCCUCCAUGUAUAACAGAAGAAGUGUUUGAGGAAUUCUUAGCCACAGAUGAUACGCUUGUGGAAUACUUUAAUGAAUUUUUGAGUCUUCCGACAUUUGCCCAGACAGUUAAGUUUAACUCUGACUUUGGGGUUUUUGAAGUUGUUAAUGAUGCCCCACAAUGCCUUGAAAGCCAGCUGAAAAAAAGUCUACAUGAGCAGAAAUCUCCAAAGCCCAUUUAUGAUGCUCUAAGGAAAGUAAAGAAUGAUGGGCACCUCUCCAAAAUGCGCACUGCUUCUCCAACCUUCAAUAUUGAUGCAAAUUACAACACUAUGUGCCUUGAUAGAGAACAAGCAAUUCAGUGGAUUAAGAAAGAAAGGCUUCCAGCAUUUCUUGAAAGUGACUGUUAUUUUGAAUACAGGCUAGCUAAAUUGAUAUCACAGGUAGAAUGGAGCAAGACUGGCAUUAAUUUCAUUAUCGAUAAUGACUACUAUCCCUGGAUAAGGAAGCAAGACCCAAGUCCUUCCCCUCCUGAGGAGGAUGACACUUCGAUGACUGUGAGAAAGUUAAAUAUAUCGCUUGGAGUGGCUACAGUUUCUCAGACAAAGGAUUGUUUUACAUUAGCAAAAGGAAGUGAAUUAAUGAAAACUACAGAUUCAUUCUCACAUCCUAUAGCUUCUAGUCAAACUCAGUGUUUGUCUGGACAGCGUGAAAGAGAUGAUUCAUUAAGUGAAAAAGAUAGUCUUCUGGAAGCAGGUUCCCUGUCUAAGGAAGCCCACCAAUGGAGUUUCCUUCGCCCUUCAAGGAAAGCAAAAGCCAUCAUUUUAAGGAAGACAUCCAGAGAGGCUGAGGAGGGCUCUUCUGUGGCCAUUGCUGAACUACCUGCUCAUACUCAGUUAAGAGUGUAUGUAGACCCGAAAUGGGACAGUGCAGCAAAAAAAAAAAAAGAACAGGAAAGCGUAACUAUUCAGACACCAGGAGAAUUCAUACCAGAUUAUACCCAACUUGUAAUGAAGGAACCUGCUUCAGAAUCAACUCACCAGCCAACUGCUGACAUUCACAAUAAUGUGGAUUUCCACAAACAGCCUGAACUAUUUAUACAUGAGCUAUCAAAUAAUGAAUUUGCCCGUGGCACUGCAGAGUCACUCCUUUCCCAAAGUUCUCCAUUUUCUGUCUUGGACUCCCACAGAGAUGUAAGAGAACAAGACACUGAAGAAGUAAGCUUAAAAUCAAGUUCUGAAAGUGGUGGGUCAGACAGUAGAGCCUGGUGUAUUAGUCACAGGACUUCUGAUACUGGCAACAGACAUGAGUUUGAGAGAUUCAAGAAGUUCAUUAAAGGAACACUUGGGGAGAGGUACUGGUGGCUCUGGAUGGAUAUUGAAAGACUAAAGGUGCUCAAAACCACUACAAGGCAGCAAAGGCAACUCAAUAAGAUGAAGAAACUGUAUCUUUUGAGCAGUGGAGACUACUUCCUCAGUUCAGAAGUGUUACUCAGACUUAACUUGUUGCAUGGAGAUCAGUGGAAUGUAAGGCAUUUAAGACGGAUUCAGCCUGAAGUAGUGAAACCUCUGCUUCUUUACUGGGGUCCCAGAUUUCGUGUCACUGAUUCAACAGCAAUACAAACUGCCAGUGCAAAACUGAAGAUGUGGCACACAUGCCAACAGAGACCAAGGGUGGACAUUGAUCCUUUUCCACAUAUAGUAUCAUUGCUACCAUUGACACUUAAGUCUUGCAUGCCCAGGAUACCACCUUCCCUUUCUCAGAAAAGUAGAACAAGCUCACCAGCAACUUUAUUAAAACCACCUAUGUCAAAUUUCUCUUUGAAGAAAUCAUCAAAAUUAUUACCUACCCUACCAUCAAGACAGAGCCCCCAAAGGGAUGACAUUUCUACCAGUAGAAAGUGGCCAAAGUCAGCCAACAGAGACAUGAUUUAUUGCUCAGCUGUGGAUGACACCAAAGACUCAAAAUGCCAGGGUCAUAGAAAGUACACCUAUGCUGAGCUGCUCCAAGGGAAAAGUGCUUCUGGCAGCGCUGUCUUAAGGGGAUCAAGAAUGGAAAGCAUGCUGCAGUCUCUUUAUUUGGACAACAGAGCAGGCUACUACUUCACACAGUUCUGUGAGAAGUCAGGGAAUAAGUUGUGGAAGAACAGCGUGUACUUUUGGUUUGACCUACAAGCUUAUCAUCAGCUUUUCUACCAAGAAACUCUUCAUCCUUUCAAAAUCUGCAAGCAAGCUCAAUUCCUUUAUGCAACUUACAUUGCCCCAUCUGCCAGUAUGGACAUUGGACUUCAUCAGAGGAAGAGAAACAUGAUUUAUCAGAAAAUUGACCCAGCUUUUGAAGAUCUUUUUGACCCAGCAGAAGAAUAUAUCCUCACUGUUCUGAUAGAACCGUGGAUGAAGAUGAUGGAAGAAGACAAAUAUACUUACGGAAAGGUGGAGCUGGUGGAGGAAACUCGACAGCUGGACUCCGUAUACUUUAGAAAGCUCCAGGCUUUGCAUCAAGAGAGUGGUUCCAAGAAGCAUGAGAGUACUGUUGCUGACACUGGUCUGCCAUCUUGCCCUGAUGCUCUCAAAGAAGACAAGCACUUGAGUCAAGUUCCCAAAGAAUUGACAGGUCCUAAUCUAUCUGACCUCAUCCAUGACAAAGAGAAGUUAGAACACUUCUGGGCUUUUCUUAACGAGCGUUCUGCUAGCAUGGAUCUCAUGUGCUGGCUAGAUAUUGAACAGUUCAGAGAGACGCUCCACAAGGAUAAAGAAAAUAGGGAGGAAAAAUCUAAAGACAUUAAAAACAAGUACUUCAACAAACAAUACUUCUUUGGACCCAACAGCCCAGCUACCAGAGAACAACAAGAACAGAUAAUUCAUUCAGGUGGAGGAUGGGGACAAAUCCUUCAGGAUCAAUUUUCAGCAACAGUUCUGCUAGAAAUUCAGCAAUGUGUCCAGAAGAGAUUAGAAGAACAAUGGCUGCCAUUGUUCCUGGCAGAUGAGCACCAUCGGGUGGAGGGACAAGCAAAGAUAAGGGACAUAACUGAAGAUCUUUCACGACAAAAACAGAAGACAACUAGGCUGUGGAAGCAAGCGAACAAUAAGUGUGUUUCUUCAUCUAGUGAAGUAAUUGCUUUCCGCAAAGCACUGUUGAAUCCAGUAACAGCCAAUGAAUUUCAACGUUUUGUGUCACUGCAAGGAGAUCUACUGGCCAAUGGAUUGCUCUUUUGGCAAGAGGUCCAGAAGUAUAAGGACUUGUGCCAUUCUCACUGUGAUGACACCACAAUCCAGAAAAAGAUCACCACUAUUAUUGACUGCUUUAUUAAUUCUGCCAUACCUCCAGCUUUGCAGAUUGACAUCCCAAUGGAACAAGCAAAGAAAAUUUUGGAGCACAGGAGAGAGCUAGGACCUUACAUUUUUAGAGAGGCACAGAUGAGUAUUUUUGCUCUUCUGUUUAAAUUUUGGCCAAAAUUUUGUAAGCUUCAAAGCAAUUUGGCUAGCGACAAAAUUCUACUUGCCUUGGAGAGAAAAAAGGGAAAAAAGAUGCAAAAGAAGGAAGAUGGAACAGCAGAGAUCAAGGAAGUAAAGAACAAAUCUUGGCCAGGAGCACAAAAGCUCAGCUUUUAUGGAGAGCAAACAGGAAAGCAAACCGUAUCAAAGGCUACCCGGCAAUUGACUCAGGGCAAGGGAGGAGUGGCUGACAGCCACUCUCCCCACGGCGAGGGACGCCAACCAAGCACGGUACAACGCAAAGACCUCUUAUCUGGAAAGCAGAAAGGGCAAACCGUAUCAAAGGCUACCCGGCAAUUGACUCAGGGCAAGGGAGGAGUGGCUGACAGCCACUCUCCCCACGGCGAGGGACGCCAACCAAGCACGGUACAACGCAAAGACCUCUUAUCUGGAAAGCAGGAAGGGGGUAAAGAAGGGGGGACAAAACCUGGGACAAAACCCAUCAGUUUGCUAAGCAGUGCUUUCACAGAUGAGACUGGUGUGAAGACAGGACAAGCACCAUUUUCAGUUGGACAUGAGUCACAGGCUUCCUGGUCCUAUUCCAAGUACAUAGAAGCCUUGGAGCAGGAGAGAGUACUUCUUAAAAUGCAAGAAGAUCUGGAGAAAGCUUCAUCAUCUGUCCUUACAGCUUGUUAACCAAGCUCUGCGGUUUAGGAGAACAAGCUUGUAGCUUAGGUGAAAUUCUCACAGUGUUAAGGAUUUUGUUCUCCUUUGGAAUUGUGGAUAUAAAUCUCUGCCUCUCUUACGCUGUCUGCAGGGGAGUUGCUCUCUGCACCAUACUUGUGAGUGACAGUAGGUUUCCUAAGAAAGGGAAAGUGAAAGUUGUAGGCUAUCAGCAUUGCCUUUACUGCAGAGAGGAAUAUGGACGUUUCUUCAUUCUGCAGAGUGACAUGGCAGUCCUAUUUGGUUCACAUACGCAUUUCACCUCCCUGGCUUCUCAUGCUUCAUCAACUUACAUACAACCAGAGAGAUGCAACUUUUUUCUCACCAGUUUGUCAGUGUGCUUUGGGGGUUGUAAGAGGCAUUGCUUCAUCCUUGUUUCAGCUGUGAAUAUCUUCUUAGGUCUUCCCAAAGGAUUUGAUGAUCUGUUUGUUCAUUAAAUAGCUCAAUUUAGCAGUAGGGCUAGCAAUAGCACUACGUAAUAUUAAACCCCUUCAGUUUCCCAUUAUUUUAAUUUUCUUUUCAUAUGCAAAUACCUCAUCUAUGUCCUUCCCCAAGCCUUGAAACUCUGAAAAAUCCACAAUUUCUCCAAAGAUUAGUGUGAUGUUGGAGAAACACUCAAAUCUUCCCAAGAAGCAGAAAGUAAGUACCAGAUGCCAACAAGCGAGCUUUGAAAACUGGGUUCUUAAAAGCUAGUUUUCCUGCUGUCAGUGCUGAUGCUUAUUAGUAGCAAGUUAUCCCACUCCAAAUCACAUUUAACUGAAGCUGUACAGCCUCAACAUGAAGGCAAGAUCAUUCUUCACUCCAGUCAUGGUAAGCGGACUUAAUGCUGACCAGAUGGACUUUGUUGCAAAAUGGUACUCUCUGAAAUGCUGUUAAGUAAGCUUUCCAGUUAAAGUACUUUAAAUAGGAGUGUGAGAUAACUGGAGGAAGCUCAGACCCCAUGGAGUUACUGGCAAAAGCUUGACACAGAACUAGUAAUAGAUCAUCUCUGCCAAAGCCAAUUAAAUAUUAGAAUGGGAGAAAGAAGUGGGACAGCAAAGAGGUCUGAUAAAGACAGAAAAUGAGAUUCUGCUUGAAAGCUUGAAUUCCUAGAUGGAACUAUCCCUGGGAGGUUUUGGUUUGGUUUGGUUUUUCUUAAGCCUAUGCUGAAAUUAGAUGGACUUGAAAAAAUUAACAGAACUUGGACUAUUGCUGCCCUUCCUCCUCUGCUCCUCUUUCCUCUUCUAAUUCUGUACUUCAGCACUGCUAUUUUAGGGAAGUUGGUGUCCUGCCCUUGCUAGUCCUCUUGAACUUCUCAGUGUCUGAACACACUCUUCCCAUGGCAGCAUUUUCUUUAUGCGGCUUUAGAGAUAACUGCAGCAUUCCUAGGUUUUCCUCAUGUUCUCUUAUUGUCCUCCUAUCACCUCCUCUAGUUAAAGUCAUCCAGUCACCUUGGGUCUUAUGCACCCCUGCAGGUGUUACUGUAUUUCAUACAUUUAUGCCUUUUGUACUGCAGUUCUGCUUCACACAUGGCUACAUCACUGUGGUGUGUCCUUAUGCAGGGGCUCUGGUCCUCUUCUGUAGCUGGGAAACUUCCAGCUGUGCCCAGCGCUCAACAAGGGCCUCCAAGGCAGCUGCAGCUCUUGCUGCAGGACAACCCAGCAGUCCCUGGCCCUCCCUGUAUUCAAAACCUGAAGUUGCAUUCCUGCCAGCCAUCAGGCUGUGCUAUGGGCUAACACAGUGAUAAAGUAGUGGUCUUGAGCUGUUGGAGAGGUCUCUCCCAACAGCUUCAGUUGCAACUUGCUCUGCAAUACCACUGGAGAUUUGCCAGCCCUGCCUAGUCCCUCCCAAUAGCUUGUGUUCCCACGAGUAGUUUCCUCUUCCUCCACCAUGACCCACCAUGUCCUCAGCCGUGCUCUGCAGUGAUCUGAUCGCUCUCCUGGUAGGGUGAGGUAUCUAUAGAUGACUACUGCUGCUCUUGAUGGAGCAGCUUCUCUCCACUUUGCUACAAAGGUGUCCAGACCUUGUGUAUUGGCUAUAAAUGGCAAGGUGCAGGCAGCAGGGGGGCUGUAGGCGCAGCCUCUGUGAGGAAAGUCAGGGGCUGCUCCAUGCCAGACACAGCUUAUUGCAGUCAGCUCCAAUGGACCCAUCACAGGACACAGCUGAGCCCCUUAUGGUGGCACCUUGGGGAAAUGUGUUUAAGAAAGGAAAGAAAGACAGAGAGGAGGAAGGAAUUAAAAGAGUGAAAAACAACAUAGGGAACACCAAGACCAGAGAAAGAGGAGGAGGUGCUCUACGGUGGAGCAGAUAUUCCCUGCAGUCCCGGGAGGACCCAUGCUGCAGUAGAGGAAAAGAAUGAGAAGAAAGAAGGGGCUUCCAGUGCCUCGCCAAAGGAAAUGAGUGCAACUUGUGAUAACAAGGAGAGGAGAAGAGGUGCUUGGAGUGAACUUGAACCUGGGAAAGGCAGGAAAAGUGUCUUCUCUAAGUGUGUAAAUGUUUGUUUCUUCUUUUUCUUGUUUUUGUUUCCUACUACCUGAAUCAGUAAGGAUUUAUUCUAAUUGACAAUAUAUUAAUUUGCCCAAUUCAGGUCUGUUUUGCCUGUGACAGUAAUUGGUGAACAACCUUCAUCUUGAUCCGCAAGCUUUCUCUUUCAAGGUUUUUCUCUUUUCUCUCCUUGUCCUGCUGGGGGGAGUGGGGGAAGUAAGGGGGUGAGCAGCUGGGUGGGAGACUGGCUGCCAGUGAGGGUCAACACAACCCGACCUUGUUUUCCUCAUUUUGAUGCAUUUGUUGAAGGACUGUUCUGAUGAUUUCAAUUGGCUUCAACACAGCAAUGACAUUCCUUUAUCUUUUGCAGUCAAAUUAAAAUCUCUCUGAAGGAAGGGAAUGCUGAGACAUUCAAUGAAGGUGGUCAGGAGACACAAAAUUAAUGUGCAUGGAAGGUUUGUCCUUACAUUUCUGAAGCAAAGAUGAUGACCUGGAAUAUUAUUAAGAACCAUGUGACAUUAGUCAGGGGUAGAAAAUAAACAUCUUCCAGUGUGUUCCA